AAGCAGUUGUCACGGAAAACUGCACCUGGAAAGGAAUCAGCUGUUUUUCUGUUUUCCCAAAAAUAUGGCGGCCAUGCCACUUUUGACGUGAACAACCAGAUUUGGGAAAAAAUAGCAAAUCUGCGGAUGAACGAAUCAAGAAAAUCGCACGGUUUCGCAAAAAUCAAUAUUGUACAUAAAUCCCGUCCAAGAUGAUAUCGACUAGAUACGCUUCGUUUCUAUCCGGUAUCGUGAUAGCCUCCGUCACGUGGGCAUUUAGUUUAUAUUUGUAUUCGAGAUUAUCUCAAAACACGAAUACCGCAAAUCCGACAACUUAUGUCUCUGAUUUUUCGCGACCACUCAAAGAAUCGGUCUUCGAUCAAAGAUCAAACAUUAAGCACGACUCAUCGAUCGUGCGAAACUUCGAGGACAUCUUUUACAAAGGGGAAUCGAAUGGCAAAGAUGCGUACAACUUCAAAUCGAAGAAGAAAUAUCAGGGCUUUGAAAAUAGCAAUAAAUUAUUACAGCAAUUGCAGCCUGUCCCGGUCAAGCCCGCGGUCACCGUUGGCCAAGGUAUCGAGCUCGGUGGCCUGGAUGAACUCGGAAUGGUGAAAAAUUUCGAGGAGCAGCAAAAAAGGGACGAAGGGUACAAAAAUUACGCUUUCAACGUUCUCGUGUCCGAUCAAUUGAGUGUUCACAGAGAAAUACCUGACACUCGGCACAAGCUUUGCCCCUCGCAGAUUUACCCGGAACAUUUGCCGAACGUAAGUGUCGUGAUUUGCUUCUACAACGAGCAUUUCAUGACGCUGGUUCGAUCGGUACACUCUGUGAUCGAUCAAACACCGGAUAAAUUGCUUCACGAAAUUAUUCUCGUCAACGACUGGAGCGACGACGAAGGAUUACACUCGAAAGUCAGACAGUACGUUUUGGAUAAAUUCAAAAAGAAAGUCACCUUGUUCAAAACCGACAAGAGGGAGGGGCUGAUCAGGGCGAGGAUGUUCGGGGCGAGAAAAGCCAGCGGGCAGGUUUUGAUUUUCCUCGACAGUCACAUAGAGGUCAAUAAGAUGUGGGCUGAGCCCCUGCUCGCCAGAAUAGCUCAUUCGAAAACUAUAGUUCCUAUGCCAGUGAUAGACAUCAUAAACGCGGACACUUUCCAAUACACGGGUAGUCCGUUAGUCAGAGGUGGUUUCAACUGGGGGCUUCACUUCAAAUGGGACAAUUUGCCGGUCGGAACCCUGGCUCGCGACGAAGAUUUCGUCAAACCGAUAAAAUCACCGACGAUGGCGGGCGGACUGUUCGCGAUCGAUCGUGAAUAUUUCGUGCAACUGGGCGAAUACGACGCUGGAAUGGAUAUCUGGGGUGGUGAAAACUUGGAGAUAUCGUUCAGGAUAUGGAUGUGCGGUGGUUCGAUAGAGAUGAUACCGUGUUCCCGCGUUGGUCACGUUUUCCGUCGACGUCGGCCCUACGGGGGGGACGAUCAGCACGAUACCAUGUUGAAGAAUUCGUUACGCGUCGCUCACGUCUGGAUGGACAAGUACAAGGAUUACUUUUUGAGGGACGUGAAAAAGAUCGACUACGGUGACAUCUCCGAACGGGUUGCCCUGAGGCAAAAAUUGAAGUGUCACGACUUUGCCUGGUAUUUGGAAACCGUGUACCCGGAGUUGACAUUGCCAGACGACUCGGAGAAGCACUUGAAGGACAAAUGGGCGAAAGUUGACCAGGUCCGAAUGCAGCCGUGGCAUUCGAGAAAGCGAAAUUACACCGAUCAGUACCAGAUCAGACUGACCGAUUCUGGUUUAUGCGUUCAGAGCGAAAAGGACAUCAAGACCAGGGGAUCCAAGUUGAUACUGGCACCUUGCUUGAGGAUCAAGGCUCAGAUGUGGUACGAAACUGACAAAAGGGAGCUGGUUCUCGGUCAGAUGUUGUGUCUCGAAGGAAGUGAGAAGAUGCCGAGGCUUGGAAAAUGCCAUGAGAUGGGUGGAAGCCAGGAGUGGCGUCACAAGGGAUCGAAUCGCACUCCGAUUUAUAAUAUGGCGGCUGGUACCUGUUUGGGGGUGCUUCGUAACACCAGAGGUACCCAAGUAACGAUGGACCUGUGCACGAAGCCGGACGCAUCUCUGAUGACCUGGGAUCUGGUCAGGGGGAAAUUGCCCGUCAGAACGGAUAGAUGACGCAAACGAAAGAAUCGCAAAAACAAACGUAAAUCGGACGAAGACUGGCUGGGGAGGAAAUGGUGAAAUAUAUGAAUAUACCAUGACGCGAGAAUGGAAUGAUCAACGAAUCCAAAUGAGGGAUUCGAACAACGAUGUUUGCAGUUAUACGUACGACGCAAUAUCUGCCCAACAACACGCGUUCAAUCGGAAAACUCGAUCGAGCAUGCCAAUGUAUGAUCUGUAGCGAUCUGUAGGUGAUAGGUGAUAUACGUACCAAUGAGAUUCUUAGAUUUUCUAGCUAGAAUUUCUUUCGAAAUGUGGAUAUUGUCCCGGUAGUUCAAUAAUUAUAACGAAGAAAGAUCUGAUUUGAUAUUAAGAUUAAUUGUCACAUGCUCAAAAUAUUUUAUGUCUUCUGUCCCAUAGAUUUACCUUCCAUUUCAUUUUUUUUACUUUUAUUAUUGAAGUGUAGCAAUUGAUUAUGUAACGAAUAAAUCAAGAGAAUUGAGUUGCAUUCGCUUAUCGUGAUACAACUCCAGUUGAGAGAUAAA